UAAGGAGUUCUAGAAGCAAACUUCUAUCCGAACGAAGCAGACUACACCUGGAAACACAGAGCUUGUCUAUAAAACGAAAAAAGUUUCAGCUCGACGUGCCACUAUAUAUAUAUAUACAUCAAGAUCAGGAUGCGAAACAUGCAAGUUUUGGUCCAGACGCGCGACGGCAAGAAGACCGUCUACGAGGUGGAUAGCUUAGGAACGGUGGCCAGCCUGAAGGCACGGAUCGGGCGAGCCAUGUCCGUGCCCAUGCGCUUCAGUCGGCUGUCCUACAAGGGUCGCGAGCUGUCCAAUCAGAGCCUACUGGAGGAUUUGGGGCCCUGUAAGUCCGCCCUGGAUCUCACCUGGAAGCCGGUCGUCCUGGCGCAUAAGCCGGGCGGCAAGUUCGACUAUGACAGGAUGGACGAUUAUAAAAUUAUGUUUACAAUGAUAGGCGGUUACCAGCAACGCCAAGAACACCCUGGUGGCAUAGCCAAACCACCGGACGGCGUCAGUCAACGAAACUUCAACGCAGGACCGGAGGACCAAGACUUGACUGGACUCGAUUUGUCCUCAACUGAAACCGAUGAUUUACCGAUCAACGAGCUGGAGCCGAUUGCUCCAUUGGAUCUCGGACUGUUAUAAAUUAUUUUGAAUUCCAAAGCUUUGGUCCUCAUUUCAUUUCGAAAUUCCUAUACACCAAACGCUUUUCAAUUUUCGAUUUUUUUCGUUAAAUAAUAAACUUUUAGUCGAUUUUAUCUAUGAUGGAA